GAGGCCCAAUGGCGACCCCCCACCCUGCUCGGUGCAGGGGCCCUACUGCGUGGAUGAGAACACGGAGCGAAGAAACCACUACCUGGACCUCGCCGGGAUCGAGAACUACACGUCCAAAUUCGGCCCCGGGUCCCCACCAGCGCAGGCCAAGCAGGAGCACCACAGCAGGGCCUCGCAUCUCCAGACCAGGUCGCGCUCCCAGGAGUCGGACGCCCACGCCGUGCAUCAGCGCAGGUCCCAGGUGCUGGCUGAGCACACCGUGCUGGCUGCGGAGCCUGCUGCCCGGGCCCUGGACAUGCAGCCCCGGCUGAAGGGGCAGGAGAAGCAGUUCCUCAAGUCCCCCAAGGGCUCAGGGAAGCCGCCUGGGGUGCCGGGCAGCAGCAAGCCAGGGAAAGCCUUCAGCUACCACCUGCCGACUGGCCCACUGCCCCCUGCCCCUCAGGAUAGCCACCAUCUCCCGCAGCCCCCACCACAGCCCCCGCUGCAGCCCUACGGACACAAGCGGUACCGGCAGAAGGGGAGGGAUGGCCACUCGCCACUCAAGGCCAUGCACGGCCAGCCUGCUGUCGUGGAGCACGAGCUGGUGCGGGACCUGCCGCCCAUGCUGGCAGGCGAGGGCUGCGCGGUGCCCGUGCUGCAGCGGCACGAACACCACCACCACCACGAACACCACCACCACCACCACCACCACCACUUCCACCCGGCCUAGUGCCGCUGCCCGCAUGCCCGGUGACAGCACACCGUGGCCCGCGCACUCUGGGGCGGGUGCAGCGCGCUCGGUGUUGGCGUGAGCUGCUGUCCCCAGCCCGGCAUCCGGCUCCAGGUCCCAGGUGUGGGCGUGGCGGAGGUGGACCGGGCCCAUCCCUCCUGCUUUCCUCUCUUCGAUGCCACGUGCAGACAAGACACUUGACCCCCUGACAUUUCCAGAUAUAAAGCUCUUCUCUGUAACCCAUAAAAACCAUACAUAGGUGUAGAAAAAUA